AAUGGAAAUAAGAAAUGUUUACUUACAAAGCUCUGAUAAAAAAAUGAGCAACUACUAACGAAAAAUUCGCUGAAAUAUGAAGAGCAUUGAAAGAAGCUAGUAUUUAAACAGUUGAUGUAUGGAAACAGCAAUUUCUAUAAACAGUAAGUGAUUUGUGAAACAGCAAAAAAAUUCUGUAAAUAAAGAUAAAAUAAAAAAGCUGCCAGAUCUAUGAACAGCUAAAAUACCAAAAAGCAGCUUGAUCUAUAAACAGGAAGGUUAUCAAAGAGCAGCUAGAUCUAAAAACAGCAAGGAUAUCAAAGAGGAGCUAGAUCUAUAAACAGGAAGAAUAUCCAAGAGCAGCUAGAUAUAUAAACAGGAAGGAUAUCUAAGAGCAGCUAGAUCUAUUAACAGGAAGGAUAUUCAAGAGCAGCUAGAUCUAUAAACAGGAAGGAUAUCCAAGAGCAGCUAGAUCUAUGAACAGCAAAUAUACCAAAGAGCACUUAGAUCUAUAAACAGUAAGGUUAUCCAAGAGAAGUAACUCUAUAAACAGGAAGGAUAUCCAAGAGCAGUAAAAUCUAUAAACAGGAAGGAUAUCCAAGAGCAGUAAGAUCUAUAAACAGGAAGGAUAUCCAAGAGCAGCUAAAUCUAUUAACAGGAAGGAUAUCCAAGAGCAGUAAGAUCUAUGAAGAAUGCAGGAUGAUGUUGGAAAGUAUAAAAGCUAUGAAGAAUACCUGGAUUCUCUUCUCAAGGCUGAAGAUAAAAUUUACAUGGAUCAAGAGAUGGGAAGAAUGAUUGCAGAAUUGGGAUACAGGUCGUCAGGAGAAACACUUACGAGGGAAAAAUUUGCACAAAUCCGGGAACAGAUUCAGAUGGAUAAAAGAAUGCGGGAAAAGAAAAAUGAGAAAACUGAAAUCCAAGAUGGCGGCGAGGAGGAGGAUCCUAUAGUUCAAAGUGUCAGAGAGAGAUAUGCUUCUAACAAGGAGGGGACUCUGAACACAAUUCUGUAUCUACAAAUUGAAACUGAGAAAGGAGCAGUGGUGUCCGGCCAUAUUGAUAUCAGGGAGAGGAUUGCUCAGGAGAAUUUUCUUCCCUAUCUAACAGGAGAGAAAACUUUGACACCCCAAAGUGAAGAUCUAACCUACGCAAAUCUGAGCAGAGGAAAGGGGAAAUUUACUUCUACUCCACAAUGGCAGGUGAUUUCUGAGAAUAGAACUCUGGCGUUUAAAUCUAGUAAUGGGUUGGACCUGGUCUAUGCUAUACCUAAUAUAUCCAGGUAUAGUUUAUAUCUAGUAAUGGGUUGGACCUGGUCUAUGCUAUACCUAAUAUAUCCAGGAGAGAGAAAGAGAAGGAGUUGAGUCAGCAAUGGACGGAAAUUGAUACAAAGAAUAAGAAUGUUAAAGCUAAAUUAUUUGACCUGUAUCUAUGAAAAGUGAAUACAU